GACAGACAGCCUCUAUAUAUAAUCCGCGAGUGUGAUGUCAGCAAGUACAAAGUACUGUUCCUGUUCACAGGAGUCACGACUUAUUGGGUUUACUACCUUAAAUGUUUAGUGCAUUAUUGCAAUCUGGGAACAUUUCUUUUUAAUCCAAGAGACGCAGUGAGUGCAUGCACGACGAGGUCAAACUAACUAACUAUCCAAACAAACGGAGUUGAACAUUUUAAGUUGCCAAACGUAUCCAUCUGACAGGCACUGGGGCCAGCGUAUGGUGAAGAGCGCUGAGCCAAUGAACCCAAGGGAAAGCUUUCCAAAGAGAGGACGACACCAAUUCAUACAACAAUGAAAGGUGGGCCUCAGAAAACAAGAAAAAGGAAACUUCAAAAGACACAAACUGAGGAAGACACCUCGGACAACUUUUUAUCUCAAGCACCUGGGGAAUCUAAUGCUGUGCCAGGCAGUGAUUUUGCCAAUGUCAGCCAGUCCACAGCAAGUCCCUUGUCAAGAACUCCAAAAAGAGGAAGAGGACAAACAAGACAGACACAAGACGCCUGUCUGACUUCCACACCGGUCCGCAGCUCCUCUGCUGACGCCCUGUCCAACAUUUCAAAGUCCUGUGCUGGAGCAAACCAAGUGGAUCUAAAAUAUGAUGAAUUCAUCACUCAGUUAAAGACAUCAGAGGCAGACUCACAGUGCUCCAAAUCAAAAUCUCAAAGCAGACGUGGGCGGCCUCCUGCUUCACAACCAAGACAAGUUAGAAAAAGGGCAGCAAAGGAACAAACACACAUGUGCAGUAAAACCAAUUGUCCACCAGCCAAGUGCCGGUGUGUCAGGACACGGAAGUCGAAGACCACUGCUCAGCCAUCUAAACGCUCCAGACCAAGAUUUGAACUGGAGCAGCCCGAUGCAGAGAAAGAGAAAGAUGAGUCUUUGCUGUCUUCAGAUCUAUCAAUAGAGCUGAGUCACCAUGAGGAGCAGCUGCAGUCUUUGUCCUACCAGGAAGAUGAGAAGAGUGAUGAGGAGGAAGAAGAGCUCCAGAGUUACUUAAUGCAGGUGGACAAAAAGCCCCACUCUAUUACAGAAGGAGUGUUUGUAUGGUAUAAAUUUAGAAAUUAUCCAUUCUGGCCUGCAUUGGUAAAAAGUGUAAACCGUAAGCACAAAAAAGCCAGCGUCAUGUUCAUUGAUGACCCAAUGAUUCACAAAAAGAAAGGGUUUACUGUGGCUCUGAAAACCCUGAAGCCAUUUGACUGUGAAGAAGCUGAUGAGCUCGUGUCUAAAGCCAAAGAAAAGUAUGAUGCUGCAAUUGAGUGGUCUUUGGAGCUCAUAACAGACUACAGCUUCCGGAUUGCAUGUGGCUCGUUUUCUGGGUCCUUCAUUGAGUACUUUGCUCAUGACAUGAGCUAUCCAGUGAGGAGAAAGUACCCACAGGCAGCAUCAGAGAGACUAACCAUCGCCAACGACACGACCAUAGAGGUGCCGUCUGACGAUCAUAAGGAGGACAGCUUUAGUGAACAGCAGGAGGAGGUUACCAGGAGUUCAAAAAGGCUGCUGCCAGACCGGAGUCAUGCUGCCCACAACCGUGCUAAUGAGAAGCUUGUACAUUUCAUUGUGAAACAGCGCAUGGUGGAAACACGCCUUCUGGCUGUGAUUCGUGGGCAGCAGCAGUCCAGAUGGCUUCGUUCCUUUCUGAGUGCCAAUCGGAGACGGGUGGUGAACAUAUACCUGGAAGAUGAUCAGCAGUUGGACCAGGUCUACUGGUACCUAAAUGAGCUGUACGCAACGGCCGUGGCCACCGCCCCUUGCCUGACUGAGAUCAAAUCCAUGGAGCGUGUCCCUUUUGUCCUGGAUGUACUCCUGCCUGAGGCCAUCAUCUAUGCUAUAGCUGGGGUAGACAAUGUCUCAGUAAAAAAGGCAGAAGAAAAGUACCUAAAAGGACGAUGUAUCAGCAACAGAGAACGACAAGAGUUUGACUUGAUGAUUGAGAGGCAGAUGAAGAACAAAUCACAACCGCAGAACACUGCACUUGCAUUAUUCUCUGACACCAUCAGUUAGAAGACAGAUUAUUGUUUAAAAAAAAAAAAAAAAAAGCAACUAUUUUUGUAUUGAGUCUUUGUUUUUCUUUGUUUGUUUUGUUUUUUUGUUAAUGUAACGUCAUUUGUGUGCCUUACAAUCACAGAUAAAUCAUACCACCAUACCAUUCAUUCAAUUCUGAUUGGCCUUUUUUAAAGACACGACACUUUAAAUGUUGGUUUUUAAAAAGAGAUUCACAAAAACUGGUCUUCAAAAUCUACAGUAAUAAUGUUAGACUGUCUAAUCUACCUGCCUAACUGUUUACUCAGAGAUAAUAAUGAAUGAGCUGUUGCUGUCUGUACAUGCUUGUUUCACAAAAGAUAUUUUUAUAAACAUUUUGUCCAACAGUAAAGGCUUUUUGCACACUGAAGGAUGUACAAGUGCCAAAUAAAUAAAAAUAAAAAUAGACUUUCA